AAAUAGCCCAAUCAACGAGCGCCCGACAACAAGAGCCCGAGGCGAUAGAGAGAAGAGACUGGCUACUUCUUGGCGCUCUCGCUCUUCUUUCUAUAGUCAAUGUCAAAACAGUUCGCGCGCUUCGGCAGUGAGAGAAUCGGCGAUAAGGCUAACUUCAAAUUUCUACGAAAACAUGUUCUGAAGAGAUUUGAUUGCAAAACUGUUCGGUGCAUUUGGAUGUUUGCAUAAAAAACAAGAUGUCGAAAAUACGACGGUUGUCGCUUCGCGGUAUUCGGAACUUCGGCGAUGACAACGAGGAGCCAGCAUUGAUUCGUUUCUCAUGUCCGUUGACACUUAUUCUCGGACCGAAUGGCACAGGUAAAACAACGAUCAUCGAAGCGUUGAAAUACGCCACAACCGGCGAAUUCCCGCCCGGGUCCGACAAAGGAAAAUCCUUCAUACAUGAUCCUAUACUGGCAACAACUGGUUCGGUGAGAGGUGUUGUCAAAGCUGAAAUAAUUGAUUCUGUGGGAAAUUCUUACACAGUGUCUAGAACAAUAGAGUCAUUAAAAAAAUUGAAGAAAUUUAAAACUCUUGACAGUACAGUGACCAGAAUAAGCAAGGAUAAGAAGGAAAAAGCGUCAAUAACUAAUCGAUGUGCUGAUGUUGAUGCUGAGCUGAGUGUAGCAUUAGGUGUUUCAAAAGCGAUUUUGAAUUAUGUCAUAUUCUGUCAUCAAGAUGAGCUUAAUUGGCCGUUUGAUCAAGGAAAAUUGUUGAAGGAAAGAUUUGAUGAGAUAUUUGACAGCAGUAAAUUCAAUAAAGCUUUAGAGUGCAUCAUGAAGCUUUACAAGGAAUUACAAAAUGACAUAAAAACUCUGAAUGCGCAGAAAGAAACUCAGAAAGUACUUGUGUCUGAGGUAGAAACUAAAGAGCAAAUGCUUGGAGAGCAUGAGAAGAGAUUAGUUGCCACAAAGGAGAACAUAAACGAUAUCAACAAGGAGCUUGAGCCUGUGAAACAGAAAAUUGAAGAGACCCACAAGUUGAUUAUGCAAUACAAAAACAUUCAAGCUGAAGAAGAGAAAAGGAAACUCGAAUACAAUCUGCAAAAGGAACGUUACGUAAAACUGAAGGAAAGCAUAAAAAAUAUCUUUGAAGGUUCAACAGAGGAAUUAAAUGCGUACAUAGAAUCGCAUGAUCUUACAUUGCAAGGAAAGAACAAUGAAAUAACAGAGAAUGAAUCUGAGAUCAGGGAUAUCUCUGGGAAAGAAGCUAGGAUCUCGAAUAUCUUAGCGACGCGAAGAGAAACGGUAGGAACGUUGAAACAGCAAGUAAAAGAUCACGAGAAGAGAAUAGUUCUUCGUAAUAAAUUAUUAAAUGAAGCGCUGCAAGCAUGGGACUUCGAUACAGUAGAGGCAGAUGUUUCUGAUAUAGAGGUGAAAGCUCUUUCAAAAAGAUUGGAACAAAAGAUGCAAGAAUUAGUAAAAGAGGUGGAAGAAAAAAGAAUGAUCAUGCAAAAGGAUGAAAGAGAAUUGCAGAAGGAGGUUGAUGAUCUACGUAGCACCUAUUCGAAGAUAGAAUCGGAAAAAGUUCUUAAAGAAAGAGAAGUGACAGAGAUAAGAGAUGAAAACGUCGCAAUUCGGAGUCAAAUAACACAAAUCGGCGCAGCGGGAAAUAAAUUGAAGUCCAUCGAACAAAAGUUGCAAGCGGCGAAACAAAAAGUUGAUCAACUUAGUUGCGCAUUGAAUACCAAUACUGUUAAAACUGAUAUUGAAAACAAAAUAAACUUCCGAGAUAAGAUCGAAGUCAGUUUGACCACGAUCGACGAUGAGAUCUCCUCUUUGCAUAAAUUGAGCUCGUUGACGGCGGAAUUGGAAUUGAAAAAGUCGGCGUUGCGGGCCAAAGAGGAGGAAUUGGAAAAUUUGAAGAAAAAACACGGAGACAGCAUCAAGAUAUUACUGAAUGUUCAAGAAUUGCAACAAACAAAAUUGAAGAUUAGUUUGGACCGCGUGUACCAAAAAUUGGAACAAGAAGUAAAUAGUUUGACGCGGGAAAUUCAAGCGCAAGAACGUAAAACUACUUCUUUUGAGACAACAGUGCGACACAUGGAAUCAGACAUUGAGAAAAAGAGAAGAGAGUUACAUUAUGACAAGGAAAAGAUAUCCACAGUAUGUGAUUACAAGGAUUUCGAUGAGACUUUGCUGAUGCAGUCGAGAAUAGUAAAAGAUCUUCAAGACAAAAGAGGAAUUUAUGCGUAUCAAGCUACAGCUUAUAAGGAAUAUAUUAAAAAGCUAUCCGAACAAGACCCUUGUUGUCCUUUGUGUCACAGAAACUUUCAAGAAAAAAAGAAAGUUACGGAAUUGAUAAAAGAAAUGGAAAACGAUAUAAUUAAAAAUCAACCGGAUCGUCUGAAGAAAUGUGAGGAAGAGCUGAGGACGCAACAAGAAAAAUAUGAUAAUAUGUUGCAAUUGAAACCUAUCGUUGAGAAGGUUAUUCAGUGUGAGGAAGUUGACUUGAAAAAAUUAGAGGAGAAGUUGGAGAAAAAACAGAAGAGCGUAAUGGAGUCGAAAGCAGCCACCAAGGACUUGGAAACGAGUAAAACAAAGCCUGAAAACAAGCUGUCAUUGUAUAAAAACAUGAUUGGCGAUAUUAAAUUCUGGGAUCGAUGCGUAGACGAGAUACAAGAACUAAAGAAAGCUGUCAGCAAGUUGGAAACUCAGAUGACCAAUUCCGGAGUUACAAGCAAAAGAACCAUAGAAGAAGCGCAAAAAGAACGAGACUCCUUGAAAAUGUCUUUCAAGGAAACUCGUAAUUACAUCGAGGCGUUGCAGAUCAAAUUGAAUAAACACAACGAAAAACUACACAACGCGAGAGAGGAAUACAACGAGUUUCAUGAAGAACAAUUAAAAAUCCAAUCGGAUAUGCAGAAAUUGAAACAUUUGAAGGACAAACAGGAGGAUUUGUACACGCGUGAAGUUUCCGUGGGAGAGAUAGUGGAAAAGUUACGAAAGGAUUUGGCAAUUGCUGAAAAUAACUUAGAGACCGGAACUCAGCGAUUGGAAAAGACUAAGGCGAGGAAUUGGCAACAACAAGAAGCCGACAGAAAAUUGAUAGCUGAAAAUACCGAACGCUUAUCCGACUUGCAGAAAGUUAUGCGCGAAGUUGAUUCAUUUGUAAACAGCAACGUGACUGCAACUCUAGAGAGAUACGAGUCCGAAAUAAAAACUUAUCAGAAUUCGCUGAUGGAACUUAUGAACAAGAAGAGCGACAUCGAACAAGUAAUAAGUAAACUGAAGGAGGAGAUUACCUCUCAAGAAAUCGGAAAGCGAGAGUUAAUUGACAACAUGGCUUUGCGCAAAGCUGAGGAAAUGGUAAAUACUUCAAAAGAGAAAUAUAGUCAGUUGCGUGAAAAACUGAACAGCAUGAAUUACAACGAGAUGGUGAAUAAAUUUGAACAGCUGGACAGCGAAAAGCAAUCGAUGCUUCGUCAGAGAAAUGUAGCGCUGGGCAAACAAGAAGAAUUGGAAAGAGUGAUCAAACAAACCUCACAGGAACUGCGAAAAGAGAGCUACCGAUUAGCUCGUCGAAAUUACACCAGCAAGUGCAUUGAAUUAACAAUUCAGGAAGAGACUAUAGAAAAUUUGAAGGCUUACAACAAGAUAUUGGACGCUGCGAUGAUCGAGUAUCACGAGGAGCGCAUGGCGACCGUCAAUAAAAUUAUGAAGAAGUUGUGGAAACACGUUUACAAGGGCACCGACACAAGCUGCAUAGAAAUCUGCACGGAACCUACGGAAGGUGUCGGCAGUAACAGAAGAAGCUACAAUUACAAACUGAUCCAAACCAAGCACGGCUGCAAAAUGGACAUGAAAGGACGUUGCAGCGCCGGACAAAAAGUAUUGGCAUCGAUAAUCAUCCGAUUAGCUCUGGCGGAAACGUUCUGUAAAGAUUGCGGUAUUCUCGCAUUGGACGAACCGACGACGAACUUGGACGAAGAAAAUGCAAACAGUUUAGCGGACACGCUGACUAAAGUGGUCGAGUUGCGAUCAAGACAUCAGAAGAACUUUCAGCUGAUUAUAAUCAGCCACGACGAGAAAUUCCUGCAGAAACUUGCUGAUCUGAACAAUCACAAGAGAUUCCACGAGCUUUACCGCAAACAAAAUGGAAUGACCGCGAUAAAAAUGUCCGAUUUCAACGAGCCCCAUAAUUCUCUUGUGCACAUAAAGGACGAGGAUGAAUCCGACGAGGAGGAACAAACUACCUCUAAUCAAUUGCGAGACGCGAGCAGCAAUAUGUCAGCGGGACCGGCGAAUAAAAAACGAUUUAAUUGGGACGACUUCGAUGAAGACGAUAGGUCGAGAAAACGACAUCGUUUGGAAUAGAGUGCACACAAGAUAAGAUGCGUUCUUUCUAUUGCUUAUUAUAUUAAAGUAUUAUAUUAAGGUAUUAUAAAAACAAAGCUUGUUUUAUUCACACAUAUAAAA